AGCAGUCUCUGCGAAGGAGCUUCCCAUGGAGACGUCGUUAGAAACGGAAUGAUUGCAAAUAAAAUCAACACCUUAGGACUGUAAUGGGAUGGUUUCAAUACAUUUAUCGCCAUUAGAAAUUUUUAUGUAGAGAAAUGGUGUAUGAAAAAAUAGAAAAUAAGGAAGAAAGGCCCAGGAGAAGUUAUGCGAAAAAGAAGUCAUGGAGUAUAACACAUUCAGAUAUAAAUAUCCCCAGUGGAAGUGGAAGGAGAAGCCACCAAAAGAAUAAAUCAACACCUAACACAAUGACAAGGACCCCAAACCCUGAAUGGAAUAGAGAGCUAGCAUUGAAUACAGCAGUGUCUCCCCAGGGUGACUUGCUUGUUACCUCUGUGAGGCAGAAUUUUGAAUUGCAGCUUGUUAAGGACAUCGAAGUUGCAAGAGCGGAGGGACAAAGUUCUAAAACAUGGCUGGAUAACCACAGCCUUGCUGCUCUCAGUCUCACAGUUGAAGAUAUCCUGAAAGAAGGAAUCCCAGUCAAGCCCCCAAGCUCAGAAAGCCAGGAUCCUGACAGAAUAGGCCAACAUCUCAAGUUCUACAAUUCUGUCCUCAAUGAAUUCGAAUCAAAGUUAAAAAGGUUUUUAACGAUUUGCCAAGAGAGGAUCAGGUGGCUUUUGAGAGACAGUCGAAGGGCAUUCGGGCUAUUAACUGGCAGCAAGCCGUGCAUACUACUUGAUGUAUCAGACACGAAUACUGGAUUUGGAAGGCUGGCUUUGAUACAAGAAUCGUUGAAGCAAUUGGUAGGGGAGCAGUUAGCUAGAAAAGAAAAACUUUUUUUGUGCUCGUUUGGCACUGAUGUCCAGCCUCUUUGGAACGCUGCUAGAGACGUCAAUGCUCGAAUAAUCGAUGAAGCGAACCAUUGGAUUGACUGUUUGCAGCCCGACGGGGGUUGCAACGUUAUGUCUGUCGUACGGAAAGUGGUAAAAAGGCAUGACAUCGACAGCAUCAUCCUAAUUUUAGGGAACUGUCCUGACCAAAAUCCUCAAACAAUAAUUGACUAUGUGCACGAGUCAAUAGUUGGUAGAUCAUUGCCUUUCCAUACCGUUGCUUACAACUGCAGCAUUUCAGCAACAAAUAUGUUUCUCGAAGAGCUAGCAAAUGCAACUCAAGGACGAUAUCAUUGCUAUUCAGCUACCAGUGAGGCUGAUAUCAUGACUGGAACAGAUCUUCAAAUGCUGUCUCAGGAAAUAAGAAGAACUGUUCAGAUUUUAUCUCAGAUUUCAGAUAUGAGAAAAGGUGGUAUGGUUGAGGGCAGAUUUAUUUCCAUUGCAGAUCAGCCUUGCUUGGAAAUUGAAGCAGCGAAGCAAGGAAAACAAGUUCAAAUUUAUCAAGGCAACACAACACCAUUGAUAGUAGAAACACCGUCCUUUCCAGUGCGAACUUCAAAAGAUUGGCUUAAUGAGCACAGUUUGAAAGCCAAAGGCUUGACACUGUACCAAGUAAUGGCUCCCAAUGCGUUUAACUAUGUCAAUGGAUAUGUUUCAUCGAUAAACAGAAGUGUUGUAUCCCAGGUUCAUCACAGGAGCAUGGUCCAACUGCAAUGGCAUGAUGGUAGCACCAAAAAUGUUCAUGUCGAUCCUGUCACUUUAUCAAAUUAUCAACGCCAUCUGGAUGUCGUACUUCAACUCUAUCGUCGAAGAAUGGAAUGGUUGACAUCUGGGAGCCGCAACACAUUUGGAACAUUGGUAGAGAAAAGGAUCGUAAUUCUCGUGGAUAUGUCGUUGGGAAUGUGUGGUGAUAUGCUUCGUAUUCAUGAAGACAUGCGGAGGCUGCUAGAGCAGCAAGUUUCAAGCAAAGACCUAUUCAAUAUCAUUUGUUUUGGCUCCAACGUUGUACCUUUCCAACCGAGGAUGGUUGAAGCAACUCCAGUUAAUCUGGAAUCUGCUUUCAGAUGGUUUAUUCGUCAAACUUGUUCUGGUAGUCGCAAAUUUAUGGAUGCUUUCCGAGCUGCUGUUGAAAAUGAGGAGGAGCGAAAAAAUGGCAUAGCUGUCGAUGGCGUUUAUCUUGUCACAAGUGGAAUCCCAGACGAGCCAAAGGAGGUUUCUUGUGGCUAUAUCCAAGAGGCUUUUGUCGGCCGUGAUGCUGCAUUCCACUGUAUUUACUACGAACCAGAUGGCGGUGACUUGCCCCCCGUUGCUGGCCGAUAUGCUAAUUCUGAUUCGACAGUUUCUUAUCUUAAACAACUUGCACAUGGAGCUAGAGGCCGAUUUCACUGGAUAAAUAACAACGAUAUUAUGGAAAGCGACGAUGUCCGGUUAGUGUCCGACGAAAUCGAUAAAACACACAACUAUAGGAAAAAGGCAGAGGUUCUCCUGGAUACGCUCAAGCAACGCUAUUCUAAAGGCGAACCGACAGAGCAACUUGAUUCGUCAGAACUUGUACCCAGGCCACCUUCCAGCGCUAAGAAACGCAUUGGUCCGCCUCGUCAAACGGCACUGAGUCAAGCAAGAAUCAAUGGCGUUAGGCCAUCUUCAGCUAAAGCCGCAAGCUCAACGUCAAAGAAAGUUCGAAGUCGCCCUCACAGUGCAACACAAUCGAAAGAAGAAAGAAGAUCUUUAACUUGGAAGCCGAGCACAGCUGCAAGCACAACGAACCUGAUUCCACCUCUAUCGUUAUCAGAUGAACAACUUUCGACUAACCAAACAAAGCAUUCUAAGCACCAAAUCAAGGCACAGCAACAGACGUUUUACACUGAAGUUGGAAACGAAACCGGCCAUGUCUUCAGGUCAUAUCAGGUGCCAACGAACUCCGCUUCGAAAAAGAGGCUAGCCUGCGCUAGCACGAAAGCCAUACCCGAUCACGAAGACAAUAUAACAACGAAAGAGUGGCUACGAAAGUACAAUUUAUCAAAACUGAAACUAGACCUCAACUCGACCGUGAAUACCACAGAUUGCUCGCAUUCGCAAAGCAAGGUGUCGACGCUGGGCAAAGCUGUCAAUGCAAAAUAUUGCGAGAUUUUCCCAACAGUGCUGCUCAAUGGUAAGCCAAAGCAUUUACAAUUGCAACCGAGAGAGCUGGAGGAGUAUGAAGACAAACUAACUUCAGUUUUAAAACGAUACGUAAAAAGACUGCAUUGGCUUCUAAGCGGAAGUCGAAAAGUGUUUGGCUCAAUUAUAGAACAAAAUGUCAUUAUCCUCGUGGACGUAUCUGGCUCUAUGGUCACAAGUAUAGAUGAAUUGAAAAAAGAGUUAGCUGUGAUUAUCUGGGAGCAACUGCAUGCUAACAACAUUAAUUUUAGCAUAAUGAAGUAUUCUUCGGCACCAACGCUGUGGCAGGCGACUUUGGUUAGGCCUGAUGAAACGGAGUGCAAAAAAGCAAUCGAGUGGAUUUCGCAAUUCGAAGCCUAUGGCGGCACAUGCACUAUCGACGCUUUAAAGCUUGCUUUUCAAGUCGAAGGCCUAGAUGCUAUCUACCUUCUUUCGGACGGGAAACCAGAUACAAGCACAUCCAGUGUAUUGCGAGAAGUAGCAACGCUGCAUGCCGAAAAGAAACUCAAGAUUCAUACAAUUUCCUUCAAUUGUGAAGAUAGCAUUGCUAAUCGGUUUCUUCAGCUCCUUGCGACUCAAACUGGAGGAAGAUAUCAUCGAUACCAAACAAUGGCUGGCAUUGAAGUCAUCACUCAGAAGUUGCUGUCCAAAGAUUACAAUGAUGAAGAGUGUGAAAGCAUGCCGCUGUUUGAAGGAGACGAUGCAAGAAGGCUUUUUAAAGAGAUAAAACUAUGCAGACAAUACCUAAAGGCCUCAAGCACCUAUAGGGAAUUGUGUAAAAGUCAUGUGUCUAAAGCGGAAUAUCCUGGUAAAAUUACUGUUAAAGAUUUCCCCUCAAGCUGCACAGAAAGAAGUACUUUAAGAAUGACAGAAGUCGCCUAAAUUAGCCGGUCCUACGUUUCUCAAAGACGAGACUUGCUGCAGCCCAUUUUCCUGGAUAAUGGUACCUCUAUUUGUCAGAGUUUCACGUCCAUUUAAUGGCAGUUUGUUUAAUUUUCAACGGACAAAACCAAACAAUAUUUUUAUAAUAAAUUUUUCUUUUUUGGAGCGUUUUAGCCGCUUACAGGCAGGCAACUUUUUAAGGUUACCCCACAGUGACCUAGAGGUAGGGAAAUGGGAGCAGAACUACCUUAAAAAUUAAACCAAUGGCAAUCUUAGGAAAUCUUGUACAGUGAAAAUCCCCAAUUUGAAAACCUAUGAAUAACAUUUUAAAGGCUAAGAAAGGUGUUUAAGGUUUCUUAUUCACACUAUAAAUAUCUUGUUCACACUAAUUUUCAAAAAUUUUGUGUUCAAGAGAUGGUUAUUUUGGUGUCAGACGUAGAGAUAAAUAAGAAAUAGCAGAAAUUAACGAUAUAUGAUGCACACAGAUUGGAUAACAUUUUUAUUACAUUGGUGAAUCGCCAAGACGAUAUAGCGCAUACAAAUAAAACACUGAAAAAUAGAAAAGCUAUGAAUUUUGAUGUAGUUAAUGAAAGCUCGAAAUACCAAAAUGAGGACAUAACUGAUAUCUUUAAAACAAUAAGCACGAUUAAUCUUAUAGAAACAAGCUGCUAUAUUAUGAAAGGAAAUCCUAAUUUACAGAAAGAUGCUCUCUGAAUCAAACCCACUUACAUGCUUGUGGCAGGCUGUAGGCUCUUGUAUGUAGGUAUUUUGCUGUGUUUAUCACAUUUUUCAAUUUGACUUAUUCUUCGAGAAAAACAGGUGUUUUAAAAACUGCAUACGAAGAACCAUUCCAACAAUUCUCUAGUUGGUCUAACCUACUCUAGAGUUGACUUUAGGCUAGUGUUACACAGUGUAAUGUUUUUUUCAACUGGUCUCUCAAUGGAAUCGCGACACAAGUUGCAGGUUAUGUAGAUUCAGUAAUCGUGGAUACUCAUUCAAGUAGAGGCACUAGUUCAGAAAUAGGCCUAGGAUCGGUCAUUUACGAUACCAUACAGUUGAUUCAAUUGAUUGUUAAAUUUGAUUCUUAUUCUUGACUUAUAUUGUUAAUUUUAUUCGAACUUGUAGAUGAUUGGUUAUGAUUUGUACAAAUUUGGUUAAAGUAAUUUCGAAAUUGUAAAAAGCAUGAAAUCACAUUGAAUAUACAGAUAGUUAUGAUUUAGCAAUUUUAAUGUUUUCACAUUUUGUUAUUGCAAAGCCUUGAGAUGAUGAAA